AUGCCUCCUCUGAACCCCGACCAAGUCGCCGCCAUCAGGCAAUCCGUCCACGACAACUUCGCUACGCAACUCGCUUACACGCAGGAGCUCAUCCGGUUCGGCGGGCAGCGUGGCGAGGAAAGUCCUGUACAGGACUUUGUCUUCGAUGCGUUCGCCAGCCGCGGCUACUCCCCGAUCAAAUUCGAGAUGGAUGAGAGUCAACUGUCACAGCACGAAGGGGCCGGCAAGUUCAGUCCCACGCAUAGUCACGCCCCAGUUGUCGUUGGUACGCACAAGCCCAAGGCCCAGUGCGAAGGCGGCAAGAGUUUGAUUUUGAAUGGGCAUAUUGAUGUCGUGCCGCUGGGGCCGACCGAUAUGUGGGCGGAUGACCCGUACAGUGCGAAGAUUGAAGGAGAUAGGCUUUAUGGGCGUGGUGCGGGCGAUAUGCGUUCCGGCCAUGCGGCGAACAUCUUCGCUCUUGACGCACUUCGCCGGAUCGGUCUUCAACCUGCAUCGGAAGUCAUCAUCCAGUCCGUUCCCGAGGAGGAGUCAACGGGCAACGGGACGAUGAUGACGCAUCUGAAGGGCUACAAGGCGGACGCUGCACUCAUCCCAGAACCGGUUCACGAACAGCUUGUGCGGGCGAAUGUUGGUGUCUUGUGGUUCCAGGUCGAAGUCCGCGGGAAACCCGUGCAUGUUAGGACCAUGGGCACGGGUGUGAAUGCGAUUGAUGCGUGCUGGAAGGUCGUUGGGGCCUUGAGGGAGCUUGAGGCCGAGUGGAAUGAGCGACAUGCAAAGACGAGGUAUUUUGAGGAGGAGAAGCAUCCCUUGAACCUGAACAUUGCCAUAGUCAAUGCCGGCGACUGGGCCAGCUCGGUUCCUGCCUGGUGCCGCAUCGACUGCCGAAUAGCAAUUACCCCCGGCACCACAGCGAAAUCGGCUGCCGACGAGAUCGAGAAGAAGGUGGCAGACUUCGCUCGUAGCGACCCGUCCAUGAGCCAGAAUCCUCCCAAAAUCACAUGGAACGGCUUCUUCGCGGAAGGAUACACCCUCGAGCCGGGGAGCGAAGCAGAGAAUGUUCUGCGCAAGGCGCACAAGCAGGCGACAGGCGAGGAGCUCACCACUCAAACAUCGACGGCCUAUCUCGAUGCCAGGGUGCAUUCCUUGUAUGACAAGAUCCCGGCACUGGUUUACGGCCCGAUCUCAGGUGAUGUACACGGGUUCGAUGAAUGGGUAAGCAUCGAGAGCGUGAAGAGGACGACAGUAGCAAUGGCUUUGUUCAUUGCGGAGUGGUGUGGUGUUGAAAAGAUAGAGUGA